AAGGUUGGUGGCGGCGGGGUUGGCCACACUGCGGUUAUUGAUUCCGAGUCGCCCCGGGGCGAGGGUUGAGGGUGAGAAAGCUCCACCGACAGCGGCGACUUGUCAGCUUCUAAUGUGAGAAGUCCCGGAUCCUCCGGGAGUUUCCGGACGGGACAUGUCGGCUGUCCAAGGGCUAACCCGGGACCUGGUCAGGCUCAGGACGCACUCAGCUAAGAGGAAGAGCGCUGUAGAGAUACUGCAGGCGACAAAGUCGUUGUACAUAAAGUCACCAAAGUGCCAAGACGAUUCGCGCCUUCCUGUGAAAAGGGAAUAUACGAAAAAAUGCAAGAAGAAGGAUACAGACCAGCUCCAGUCCAAGUUGAGGAGGUUGCUCGACGAUUCCAGCAAGGAGAACAUCUCGGAUUGGGGAUGUUUCGAAGACCUCAACUUCAAAUUCUAUACGGAUUGCGACGUUCAGUAUCAAAGCUUGCCCGAUUUGAGCAUCUCGUCGAAAGAAUCGACUAGCUACACGCUGCAGCAGGAUGCCAGCGACCCGGGUGAAAAGAUGACGAUUUCUUCCGAACCUUCGACCGAUACUUCGUCCUCAUUUUCCGAAGAAAGCUACGGGAAGCCGCCGUCCUCGUCCUCGUCGAAGAAAAGCUACGGCAAGCCGCCGUCUCAGUCCUCGAGUCUGUUGAGCGCCGGUGGCUCAGCUUCAAAGGUCGAAGAUCGCCUUUCGACCUGGACUCAGCCGAAACAUCGUAAGAUCACACGAUCCAGGUCUUGGGCAUGGGAGAAGUCGCCCGACGACCCGCCUUCUUGCAGAAAACCAGUGUUGAGCGUUUCAAAAGACCUCAACGACUUUUUUGAACAUCUCGGUCUCUCAUGCGAGGAGUACAGGGCGUUGGCUGACAGUGGACCUGAUUCUAGGACUAGUUCUCCCGUAUUCUUCAGCUCCAGGUCUUCGGAUGGUUCGGGUCGCAGUUCUAGGGCGGCUUCCGCCCCUGACGCCCUCGAACCUGGCCCUUCAGACCCUUUGUCCGUCGUUCAGACGAACGCCAGGGUCGUGAAAUGGCUCUGUAGACUCUCCCAGACAUAAAACAGAGAAUAAACUUAGCUAUUAAAGUAUGAUUCAAAAAUCAUAGAGGUCUCUAGCUCAAAAGAAAGUAGUUUUUUAAGGAAGAUCUAUAUGACUAGUAUCCCUUUUUUUAGUAUUUGCUACCUCACACUGUCUGGAAUUAUUUUGGUUUUUCAAAAAGCUUUCCUUUAUCUAUUUCUUUUUCAUAUUUCCCCCCCCCAUUCUAUUUACUGAUUUUCUGCUUUAUUAAUUGGUGAUUUGGAUUAUUCGCCGAAAUUUCUCACCCUUUGUAACAUUUCCACUUUUCUCAUCUUAGUUGUAGAGAAAUAAUGAGAUUAUAUUGGUUCAAUUAGUAAAUUUCAAGAAAUUGUGAUAAAUCUAUUGUAAAUCGAAUAAGGGGAGUGUGACAAACGGUCUCGCGAAAGCUUUCAAGCGUGUUGCACAAGAUUUGAUCUUUGCCCGGUUUUAUUUUUGUUGUGUAAAAAAAACGCGUUGUUUUCCUGUUUAGUGUUAGAAGUUAUUUGUAAAAACGUAUUAGCAUUUGUAAUGUAUCGUAAUUUAGGUAAAUUUAAUGAAUACGUAAGUACACAAAGGAAAAGUGCUUAUAAAGCAUCCGGCCGCACUGAAUUGUAUUUUUUGAAAGUACAAGCCGUUGAAAUACGUAAAUAUUUUCCUCGUUUCAUCUUUAAUCCGAACUCUGAAAGCAGCUUGCUCAAAUUUAACCAUUUAACCGAGAGAAAAAAAAAUCCAAUCACUCUAAAAAUAAGUUUCUUCUAGUUUAAAAAACAUAGAGUCAAUUUUUAAAAAUCGUCCAUUUUCCAAAGCAAUAUUCGCUAAAAACACGCAUAAUAAAUGGUAUGAAUCAGGCGGAUAAAACCAUAACAAUAAAGAUUUUCUUUUUCAAUUUUUGUCAGGCUGCUGAAGAUUCUUCUUCCAAAAAAUUGUUGGAUGUCUUGUUUAAAAUUUUACAACAGUUUACGUUUGUGUAUAAAAUUUCUACUUGUGUUAAAUGUGUUUUAUUGAAUUUUUGUUUUGUUUUAUACGAGAAUAUACUGUUUAAUUAAAUAUUUACUAUAAUAAAUGUUAAUUAGUUCCCAUUCAGCCGGGGGUCAAAAGGCCAUCGAUGUUGCGUUAUUUAUUGUUUUAAUCAUAAAAGUUUAAGAUUUAUAAUAGCAUAUUUAGAAAUCGUUGCCUUAAGACAAUGGAAUGUAAAUUGAAGGAGUCUUUGUUAACGUCGGAAGAUAUUUUUAAGGUUUGUUUUUUACAAAAAAAACUAAUGAUAAUAAUGAGAAAAAUGGGUGAAUAAAUUAUUUAU